AUGAGCGGUAGAGCGAACCUGCUCGGCGAGCCUCAAGUCACGCUGUCGGUGGAGCGGUACCGUAGGAGGGCCAUGCUCGGGCGUGAAGAAGAGGUGCGCGGUGUGAAAUGGAGUCUUUCAUUCGGUACUAACUCGUUUUCCUCGAUGGACUGCAGGCCCCUUACCACGUACCACGUACCUGCCGCGCCGAAUGCGAUGGCGAAGGCGACGCCUCGCGCGAAGAUAUCCGAACUGCAGCCCACACCUCGCCCGCCCAUCCGUCGUCCCCGUCUCGCCCCGGUCCUCGAACGCUUACGGGGGCGGCGCGUCACUUCCUACUGCGUCUUCAUACCGGUCACCGUCUCUUCCCUGCAUGGUCCUACCGCCUUCUCUUCGACUUCCAUCUCUUGUAUCUUUGUCUCCCUCUCCCACGUCGGUGUCGGUGUCCAUCUCCACGCCUUCCCGUACGUGUAUGAUGGCUCUGCGCAGCCAAUAAUGUCCGACUCGUCCGAGUCUGUGCUACCACCAGCGUACGCCGACUCCCAGGCGUCGGCUUUCGAACAGUCGAUCUGUCCGCCACCAUACGGCCCUCGACUGUUGUCCAGGCCGUCUACUGUUACCUCUGCACUGUCGCCGAUACAGUCACUCAGGCUUGCGAGUUCGCUCGUUGACCUCGCUGCUCCGUACGACGACGACCCCACCCCCGACCCGAUCGUACCGCCAAACGACGCCUGCUUUUGGAUCCGAACCUAG